AUGGCACCCCUCACAUGGUUCAUCACCGGGGCCUCAUCCGGCCUCGGCCAAGCGCUUGCCCUGGAAGCCCUAAACGCAGGACACAGGGUAAUCGGCACAACCCGCGACGUUGAGAAAGCACAGAUCUCUUUUCCCAAGUUCGAAACAAAAGGUGGUUCAUGGAUGAAGCUGGACCCGGGAGACGCGGCAGCAUACGCCCAGGUGGUCCAGUUCUCGAAGGAAUACAGUAUUGACGUGCUGGUGAACAACGCCGGUUACGCAUUUAUCGGCGGGAUCGAGGACACUAGUGAAAACGAGGUUCGCUCGCAGAUGGAAGUCAACUUCUAUGGGCCGCUCCGAACUGUGCGCGCGCUGCUCCCAAGCAUGCGCGAGAAACGGUCUGGAAAUAUUGUGCUCAUUAGCAGUGGCGCCGGAUUCAUCGCGAGACCGGGUCGAGGGACGUAUUCGGCAAGCAAGUUCGCCAUAGAAGCUAUCCAUGAGGCGCUGUCUCAGGAGGUCCAGACAUUUGGGAUCAAGGUGUUGAUCGUAGAGCCUGGCGCUUUUCGCACCCCCUUUGCCAGCCGGAUCAUCACACCUGCACAAUAUGCGAGCGUUGGUGGCUUCAGUGAGGUCUAUCGUGGCACUGCUGUUGCGCAAAUGGUUGCUGGGACUUGUAAUAUGAAGGAAAUGCCGGCCUGUAUCAAAGGCGAUCCUGGGAGGGCUGCAAGGGCUAUACUCGGUGCUGUUGAGAAUGGACAUGACUACCUUCGACUUCCUCUGGGAUCUGAUUUCUACAACCGCUUGGAAUACGCCUGA